AUGGCAUCUCCAUCAUUAAACCCAUGGACAGCAUCCACAGCAGGUUCGACAAGUCAAACCCGGCCGGCGACUCAAGCAGCUUCAACGCCAAUUAUUUCCACUGUAUCAACAACUACACCAGCAUCGACCACCAACAUGUCACCAACUUAUUCAUCUUCUGUCACACCUGUAUCAUCGUCAGCGUGGACUUCAUCGUCACCAUCUACAAAACCAUCAACAAUACAGCCUACCAUGAACGUAGUAACCACCGACGCAUGCCCUACACACAUGGGCAUGGUGGCCGCCGGAUUUUGGGCCUCCAGCGACCAAUGGUGUUUCCAAUUUGUACACGUCUUAGAGUCCUGGCAGGUGGCCGAACACAUGUGCAACAUUCAAGGCGGUCAUCUUGUCACCAUCGAAAAUGCACAAAAAGAACAGUUUAUUACUUCUCUUCUGAAGGCUCAUGGAUUGUUUUCUAAUUUCUGGAUUGGCUUAAACGACCAAAUGAGAGAGGCUUACUUCCAAUGGUCUUCAGGAAUUGAUGCACAUUAUAACAACUUUGAAUCCUUGCAUACACAUCCAUUUGCCGACUGUGUCUACCUCUCCGCUGCCACUGGUAAAUGGCAUGAGAGCCACUGCACCAUCGCACGCCAUUACUAUAUCUGCCAGUUUAAUAAGAACAUGUACCAUGGAGUUCCAAUCAUUGGUUGA